GCCACAGUUGCCAUGAGUUGUGCGGAGGUGAUGUAUCACCCUCAGCCAUAUGGAGCAACCCAGUAUUUGUCCAACUCGGUGGCAGCGGCAUCCUGCCCCACAGCUUAUUACCAUACCGCUCCCCAAUCCAGCCAGCAGAAAAAGUUAGCGGUAUACAGCAAGAUGCAGGAGUCUCUGGAAAUGACCCUUCCCAGCAAACAAGAGGAGGAGGAGGAGGAGGAGGAGGAGGAUGAGGAGGAGGAGGAGGAGAAAGACCAGCCUGCCGAGAUGGAGUACCUUAACUCUCGAUGUGUCCUUUUCACUUAUUUCCAGGGAGACAUUGGUUCAGUAGUGGAUGAACACUUCUCAAGAGCUUUGGGCCAAGCCAGCAGCUUCCAUACAGAAUCUGCCAUUUCAAAAAACAAGAUGGGGCUAACCCCUCUAUGGAGAGACAGCUCAACUCUUUCAAGCCAGAGGAGUAGUUUCCCGACUUCAUUUUGGACCAGCUCUUACCAGCCCCCACCUCGGCCCUGUUUAAGUGGAGUUCACCCUGACUUCUCAGUCACUGCACCAGGCACCUUUGCAGCAGCUGAUCCUGGUCCCUGGCCAGGACACAAUUUGCAUCAGACUGCCCCUCCCCCACCCCCUUCCGUGUCAGAGUCCUGGCACUAUCCACUGACAUCUCAGGUGAGCUCAUCAUACACACACAUGCAUGAUGUGUACAUGCAUCACCAUCAUCCCCACCCACACAUGCACCACCGCCACCAUCACCACCCUUCUGCCAGCUCCCAUUUGGAUCCUCGGUAUGGCUCUUUUCUGAUGCCAUCAGUUCGUACAGCCAGGAUUCCUGCUCCUCAGUGUGACAUUACAAAGACAGAUCCUACUACUGUCACCACUGCUACCUCAGCAUGGGCUGGAGCCUUUCAUGGAACAGUGGAUAUUGUGCCAAGUUUUGGGUUUGAUUCAGGUCUGCAGCACCAGGACAAGAGCAAGGAGUCUCCUUGGUUCUGAAGCACACAAUAGUAGCAAGUAAAUCUGGAUUCAGAACCCCGGGACAACUGGCAUGGAGCUGUCACCAGUGUUUCUUUAUUUCUGCAUGAGGACAAGAUACAUAUUCAUUGAAGGAGAAGAUGAAAAAUCAGACAUUUUGGUUUUGUUUUGGAGCCUUUUCUUGAGAAGGCUUAAUGGGACCUAGAACACUGAAAAAAAAAGUCUUUGUUUGUUUGAUUCUUCCCUUAUCUGAGCCUGUGCAACUCUCCUCUCUUUGCUCUUUUCAACAGCAUGAUUUAUUUUCCAUUUAAUUUUGAUUUUUGUUCCUUUUAAACAAAUCACCUUGUUUGUCAGGAAAAGCCAAGCCACAAUGGCAAUGCUCAUCCUUUCAGGAAUACAAUUUUGUAGCUCUCUGUGCAUCUAUUUUUGUAGAAAUACAGAAAGUGUGGUCUAGCAUUGAUGGGCUAUUUUAGAGGGAUGUAUUUUUUUUAAAAAAAUUGUAAAAAUUGUUAGGUUCUGUUUAAAGAACUUGCUCUCAGAGAAGCACUGGCAACAAUAUAUAAAAAUGCUUACUUGUAGAUAUCUGUGAUGUGAUGUGUCUAUGUUUUUCAGGUUACCUCAAGUGUUUGAUAUUUUUCCUUUUAAAGAUGGUAGCACAUUGCCAAACCAGUAUGGUAUUGUUUUCACAUGAUAGUGCUUUGAAGGGUUGAAACUUUCAACUCUUGUCCUAGCUUAUACAGCUAUUAGGUGCAUAUAUGGUUUCAAAGGAAAGUUCUUCAGUGUUCAUGGUAGAGCAGAAAAUGAAUAUUUCAUUUCUUUGGCAUCAUCUGAAGAGUUUGCCCAUAGUAUCAUAGUUAUAUUCCCAGCUCAUCCAGCCUGCAUAAGUGUAUCCAGAAUUCAUACGGGCAAUUGGUAACCCAUUAGUUCCAGUGAAUCUGGUCCAUUGUUUCAAAUUAUCUAUUCUUGGUAGCAUAAAGUCCCAUUGUUUUAAGUGGAUUUUUUUUCCUGGUGAGAGAUUUGAAAAGGGAAUAUGCAAGUUUUGUAAUAAGCAAGGUGCUCUACAAAUCACAAAACUAUGAGCUUAAUAGUUAUUUCAUAAGAGUACUCCAAAUUUUUUUUCUUUUUUCUUUUUCUCCCUCUGACAUCUGAAACCAAGAGAUUGCUAUGGCACAGUAGAUGGAAAGCUUGCCUUAGAAUCCAGAAGCCUAGGUUCAAGUCCCACAUCUGACACAUACUAGCUCUGGGACCAGUUAAGUCCCUUAACCCUCAUUGCUCUAAGAGGUUUUCUAAAGCUCAGUUUUUGAAGAGAAGUUUCUGACUUGCAUUUGUGGAGGGAUUGUCUUUACUUUGGAGUCCCUAUAUCAGUGAAAUCACAGGUCCAGUUCCUGUCCAUGCCAUUUAAGGAAAAUACAUAUACUCUGUAAUAUUUCCAGCAUAUAUUUUGCAGUUCUUGAAGUGUACUUUUUUUUUAAGUGAACAUUUCUAAGGCAAACCUAUGGGUAUGAUCAGAACCAAGGAAGAAUUUGAUUUGGGUUAUUAAUCAGCAUCAUUUAGAAUGUGUUAAUUGAAAAAUUAUGGAUUCUGAAGGGAAAGGCACAGAUCAAAUGAGAUGAAAUUUCAUGUUUGUGAUAUUGAUUUGUACAGAAUGUGUACUGACAUUGAGAAUCAAUGAACAGAGUAUAGGCAUUGGUAUUUCUUAUCAUCUUCAGUGGUUAAAAAUAUGACUUGUUACUUUCUUUGGUAAUUCCAGAGCUGAGCAAAGUUGAAAAAUGAGCUCCAAGAACUUCUAAGUUUUGUUUGCUGGGAUGAUUUCUCAUUUUCCCUUUCCUUAUGAAAUUCAAAGUACAAUAAAUUACCACUUUAAAGCUUGAAGCAUAUAUUUCUGUGUAUAUAUAUCUUAGUAUGUUAAACAACACCAUAAACUUAGCUAGGAUGGAUUUUCAUAACUGAUUUUCAAAUCUAUGGUUAUAUUUUGUGGAUCUCUGCUUUUCUUCUUAUAACCUGUGUAUUCUUUCUUAUAUAUCCUUUGGGUUCUAGGCCUUUAUCUUCCCUCUGUUUUUACUAUGUUUUGGUUUCAUAAUGUUCUUCUUAACUGGACACAACUUUAAUAUAAUACGCCCCUGUGAAUUGCCUUCAUUUCUUUCUGGUGUAUACUCGAAAGUUAGGGUAACUUCCAUGUACGGGUGAUAGGCAUUAAUAAUAGUAGCUAGGAUUUACAUAGCGCUUUAAGUUUUGCAAAGUGUUGUACAUAUGUUAACUCUAUUAUCAUGCUCAUUUUACACAUAAGGUAACUGAGGCUGAGGUUAAGUGAUGCUUAGUGUAUAAAGUGGGAUUUGAACUCCCUCAAAGUUCAGUGUUUACCCACUUAGCCACUUAACUGUCUCCCACUCAUUCAGUAGGAUGUGGGCUUGCCCUCUAGGAAAUUAUAGCAUGGCUAACUGUGUUGAUUCUGUUAUUGAGAAUGGCAAGUGGAAGUUAUGUUCUGAAGAAACUGCACUAUAACCACUCACACACAUGUCCUUAACAUUUUUCAGUACUCAUUUUAACAUCAUUUCUACUCAGAAGUGGGAAAGUCAAAGAUUUACACUAGAACUCGAUUAAAAUAUAUUAGCAAUUAAUCAUUGGACUAUCAUUUGAGCAAAGCAGGCUAUAAAACAGGUUCCUUACUGCUCCCUUCUCCAUUUCUGUCAUAAAAUGCAGACAUUAUUCUAUAGUUAAGCCAGGAAGUCCUAGGUUCAAGUGUUGUCUCUGACACAUACUUGCUGCGUAACCCUGGGCAAAUUGUUUAAUCUCUCCAUGUUCUAGGCAACUGUCUAGGCUACAGGUUACAGAAAAGGUGCCAACCUGCAUUGGUAAAAGGAGAUUCCUCACCUUGGGAAUCACAGGUCAAUCCAUAUCCUUAUGGCCUGGUUAUUUUCCACAAGUCAAGCUUUCAGAACUCCUUGAAUUUCUGUUCUUUCACUAGGUGUGGGAAAUAAAAUUUUAAACUCAUAGUAUGCUCUGGUUUCUUAAAUACACCAAUUCAUAAAGAAAUAAAUUAACUCUUUCAUGGUGGAUGAUUCUAUAGAUUUUCAUUUGAUUUACUUUUAUUCAUCAGUGACUCCAAAGUUCUGCCUCAUGUAGCUAAUACAAUCAGUUGACUUAGAAUAUCAAGAUUUGGGAUUCUUUCUCCAUUGUGUUUUAGGUUUUCUUCACAACUGAGCUUAAAAAAAAAAGGAAUUGCAUUUGAAGUUGGCCGUUAAUUCGUUUACCUUCAAGCUUGAAGAAAAGUAGUAAAAUCUGGUAGAAAAAAAAAUUUCCAUAUGAGGGGGAGGAAAAUACUUUAUAAAUAAUCCCAGUCAGCAGAUUUACUCAAGUUUAGGGGGAAAAAAAUAGAAACUAUCAGAAGCAGAUGUGUACAAUGUGUCUGUUAUUGAAGAUGGAAGGAGUUCACUACUACCAGUCCAGUUACAAAGGAGUAUUGAUGGCAGUUAAAAAUACUGUGAUUGAUCACCUUUUCAGGGAGAGAGAAGAGGGCAAAGGCUUUUAAAGGCAAUCCUGAAAGCACCUGGCCAGUUUUCAUGUAUAGUAUCAGCAAGUACUCAAUACUUUUAUUCUACAGGAGUGCAGUUAUACACAUCUUUCUAAAAGGAUAAGUUCCUCUUACAUUUUGCUUACUUUGGUAUUGGUCACUAUCUUUGGAGAAAAGAUAUUUUCAUUGUGUAAUAAAAUGACCUUAAAGCACUUUUAGACCCAUGAUGAAAACACCUGUUUUUGAAGAUAUUAUUUACGUGAAAUUACCAUUAGUGUAACAGUCAAAAUUUAAGAAUCUUUUGAUAGGCUUUCUCUCUUUAAUCCUUUCUGAGAAUUAAUUGUAUCAAAGGCACUCUUUCCAGUAUGAUAGAAAUACUGUUGAUCUUUAUGAGAAGGUAUCGACAUUCUUUUAUGUCUUUUAUCUUCUAUAACACCAGGUUUUUUUGUUUAUUUCUUUAGUGUUUUGCCUUAAAUGUCAAAAGGCUGCAUCCACUAGUUUUGCUGCAUCCACUAGUUUUCUCCUUAUACCUGUCAGUGGAAUUGAUAUGCCUCAAUAAUUCAAUAUGGCUAUUUGUUUCCUAAUGGUUCCAAAGAUCAUUGUAUGCCAAUGUAACAGCACGUGGGACGCAAAUGGGGAUCAAACAAAUGGGGAAUGAAAAAAAAUCAGGAAAGUAAUAUUUUGUGCAUGACCACUGUUUUAGAAGGAUAAUUCUUCAUUUAACUUUUUAGUAUGCAAUCAACAUUAGAACUUUUCUUUGGCCUCUAUUAAUAGAGUACAUUUCCUUAUGUGGUUGGUUAGGGCAAUAAUCACUAAUUGCUAAUCUAUACCAAUUUUAAUUUCUGAAAAUAAUUAGAAUCUUGAAAAAAAUUAAAGUUAAUUCAUAAAUGAUAAUUCAUACACACAAUUUAAAAAACUACAACACAGAAUUAUAUUUUUCUUUGUAUUCUUAAAGAAAAAUGUUCAAUAGAAUCUUUUUUCAUCCUUAAAUACUAGGGCAGGAGAAUUGUAAUUGGAAAAAGGGAUUACUACCUAGCAGUGGGAAUUCUGUAAUUUACAUUAUUGAAUUAGGAAGCUGCAAAUUAAUAUAGAAAACAUAUAUUGGCAGGCAAAGUAACUCCAAGCUAGUUAGAUCUAUAAGCAGUUUUCAUACUAGCUGAAGAUUGCAUUUCUAGAGUGGAAGAUUUGCACAUCUCAGCAGCAUUAAAUGUCUAUGAAAUCACACCAACAGGACCAUACACACUAACCUCAAAAGUUGAUUUACAAAUGAUGGUAUUUUCUCAAACAAACAAAAACACCACCAUACUCCCCUACCCCUACCAAUUCUGAUCAUCCCUUCAAUAAAACUGCCAUUAGUAUGUGUAAAUGAUAUGAAAUGAUGAAGAACUUUGUAUUAAAAAGUGUCUUUGUUUAAUAAAUAAUUUAAUGUGAAUUUUAA